AUGCAAAAUGGAGAAAAGAAUAAAAAGUAAAUGUCAGUAUUUUAGAGAUCAUGGACAAUGGGCUAGUCAUUGAGGAAGAUGAUAUUAUUAAGGCAUUAGAAUACUUAAAAAAUACUACUUCACCUUAUUAGAAAGAGAAGACUAAUUAAUAAUUUGAAUAAGCUUUUAGGAAGAAAAUAAAAGAAUAUUUUUGGGAAUUUGAAGUAAAGCUAAUUGCUUCAAGUAUAUAGAGCUAAAUUAAAUGGAGAAUACGUUGCUAUCAAAGUGAGGCAUCCUAAUAUUAUAGAUAAAAUAGUGAUGGAUAGAUAUUAGAUUUUUAUAUAAGGUUGCUAAUGUUUUCAGUUAAACUUUACAAUUAGACAACAAGUAAUGCCUAUAAAAUUUCAAGAAUUAAGAAAACCUCUUGCUAAUUAGACUGAUUUAAGAUUGAAGCGAGAAAAUCUUAAGGGUUUUUUUUAUUGUGAUAAAUUAAAAAAUAUUCAUCAUCUUGUACAUCCUUGA